AUGGAAUGUGUGCAAACUGUUAGCUACAAUAUCUUCAUCAAUGGAGAACCUACUGAGCCUUUCAAUGCUGCCAAAGGGUUGAGGCAAGGGGACCCCAUGUCUCCAUUUCUUUUUGCCAUAGGAAUGGAGUACUUGAAGGAGACACAUCCUCAGCAUCUGCUCUCCGCAACUGCUUCCAAACUUUUUUCUCAAGCAUCUGGACUUGUAGCUAACCUUUGUAAGAGCUCAGUUUACUUUGGUGGGGUAACUAGAGAAGAACAAGACAAAAUCCUCCAGAUAUUGGGAUUUAGCUAUGGUGAAUUACCUUUUAAAUAUUUAGGAGUGCCCUUAGCUACCAAAAAGAUCUCCCUCAUCCAAUGGCAACCAUUACUGGACAGGAUAACAUCUCGAAUUUCAUCUUGGACUGCCAAGAACCUAUCCUAUGCAGGUCGGGCUCAACUCAUUAAAUCAGCAGUAUUUGGCAUCCAAGCCUAUUGGACACAACUAUUCUCCAUACCAGCUAAAGUUUUACAUCUUAUAGAUGCACAUUGUAAGAGUUAUUUAUGGGCAGGGAGUGGUGAAGAAAGCUUUGGUAGCUUGGGAGUAUGUCUGUAA